CCUUAUAGCUCCAUGAAGACGUCCACAGUCGUCUUCGUCACAUUUGCCCAACCAGUCACACGCUUCGUUCCCUCAGUUCACCCCAUACUACACCAGAGCAUCACUACUAGGACUGCAUAGACGCUGCUGACGUUGCGACACCGACUAGUGCGCACCAUGUCGGUCGCGUCCUCCUCACAAGUCUCGGCUCCCGGCGUCGCAUCACCACAGCGUGCCGUCUUCUUACGCGGCAGCGCCCAAGACUCCAAGCAGUACUUUACGGCUCUGGACUCGGAUCUCGAGACUCUGGUUUCAAAAGCUCGCAGACUGUUUCCAGCUCCAUCCAACUCGGAUACCGCUCAGCUAGCUUUGGCAUCCAACCAGGAAGCCAUAAUCUGUCCAGACUCGCUGCCUUUCAUACAAGACCGCGAAACGUUGAUUGUUCGAUGGGUACCAAGCACGCCACGCUCAGUGCUACGUGCCAGCUCUUCCAAAGGCGUGAGAUGGGACAGCACGAUUGACCGCAAGGAUGUCACAGGCUCUGCACGCGGUGCUGACUCAAUGGCCAAGAUUAACGUAGGCCCAACGCCUUCAGGCAUCAGGGGGCCAGCAGCCAGAGCUGCCCAUGCUAAGCGCGUCUUGGCCGAGCAGAAGCGUAUCCGGGAAGAAGAGGAAGCAGCCGAGCGCCACGCGCAAACGGAGUCUGUAACAAAAGGAGCAGCCGCCUCCGGCUCUGAAGCUCAGUGCGCGGAGCAGCCCAUGCCGUCGGCUUUGGCAGAAGCUAGCACAAAUCCACCUUUCGACGACAAUCGCAGUAAUAGGCACCUAGAGAUCAGCGAUGCGAUCGUCGGCGCCACGUCCACAUCUGCCGGCGGCAAGGAGAAUGUUGAAGCAAUUCCAUCACUUGCACCACUGGAAGGUAUCGAUGUCUCAAAUCUAAGCAAGCUCGACAAUGUCGAGACGCAUGGGCCAGUGAGCGCUACUGCGGACUGUGACCCGCCGUCUGCCCCAGGCUCUGCACAGCUCACACAAGAGCCGAGGCUUCGACAUGGCGCCGCUUUCGCGACAGACGCUUCCACAAAUUCAGAAGGUAGCAAAGAUGCUAGAUCGCCUCCAUUGGUUCAUCACGAAGGCAGCCCCUCCGAGAAGGCGGUCGACGUGGCUAGACAGCGCGGCUCUCCUUCCACCAUGCAGCAGGAGCUAGAGCCAGGCAAGUCGGCUUGUGGAAUGCCAACUGACGCUGCUCAUGGCGUCGCUGCGGCCAGAGACUGCACAGCAGAGGGCGAAGCCGAUGCGGUCGCAUCCACCGCCUUGGUCGGGACACUUCCAUCAAACAGCCCUCCGCGGCACACGUCUCCUCGUGGGACCACACUGGUCGCUAUUGACACGAAUGCGCGCGAGUCUAUUGACGACAACGAUGGCGAUAACACUGGCGGAUCGAGUCCAAUUGCAAGUCCGACUCGGGACAUUGGUGCGAAUCCCUUCCGUGGAUCGACCAAAUCUCAGGUGCUCUCUGCCGGACGUAGUCCUGUUCUCGGACCCAAUUCGGAGACACGGUCUCAUGGCCCAGUCAAGUGCUCUCCUGAUGCGCAAGAUGUUUAUACUGAGCAAUUGAGCACUGCAUACCGCAGCAUGUCUGCCAUCCUUGCGUCGAUGCUGGGUCAUCCAGCAAACAUGCUGACCAAGAAAGGGAUGCCUUCAGACUUCUCUGCGUACUCAAAGCAGAGGAGCCGUUAUCUUGACUUUGAUAUCAUAGCCCACAACAUCGAUUCGCGAAGCUAUUCGGCGCUUCUGACUCCGUCUUCGACGCAUCGAAGCGCCCUCUCAUCAUUCGACAGCUUCACGGACGACCUUUCCUGCUUCUGGACUAACAUUCGAGGCUUCUUCGGGCCUCAUAGUGCAGAGCACAGGUGUGCUACUCAGCUUGAGCGUUUCGCUGGCUUGACCAUAGCAGAGUGGCGCAAACGGAUUGAAAGUGCAUCUCGCGCUUCAGAAGCCAGAGCUCGGUCGAUGCGCAGCAAGACCUCUGAUAAUUUGCAUUCCGACGAAGGCGUGAGCGUCACUCCAUUUGCUUCUCGAAUCCCCUCCAGCUCUGCACGCAAGGCACCCAGAGAGAGUCCCGCGCUAGUCAGGCUUCGCAAGAGGCCUGCUUCGAGCGGGGAACCUACAGCUGCGCAAUAUGCUGCCUUCUUGGCAGGCGCCCAUUCAUCAGUCGCCAAGUCUUUCCAGCCUCCUCUCUACAGAGCAGCAGUGCAACGCGAGGAGCCCCACACCAAGUUCGCCUCAGUAUUGCACGAUUCCCCCAAUAGCGAUGCGCGCUCGCGACUUUCACCUUCGCCCUCGCCUGCGCCAACGUCGACACUCUUCAAGGCCUCGCUAUCUGGCACGGAGAAUGCAUUGAGCGUGGUUCAGAACGAUAGACCGCAGGGAGCUGUGGAUGCGCUACUACCUUCGUCGCCUCUUCUCAGUCGGGCAUCCUCUCCAACCGAAGCUAAGCACAUAGCCGAACUAGCAGUGGCUGCGCAGCAUGGCGGCUCGUCGCCAGGGCGCCAAGCAUCCCCUACGCCCUCUGCUUCAGCUGCACCUCCUCAGUCGACGAGGCCGGUCGUGUGCAUCGGCGGCAGCUCUGACACUGAACUUACUCUCAGCGACGAAGAUGAUGCUUCGGCGGUAGAGGAAGAGCUGUUGUCCCAGAGCAGCGCUGACCAAUCCCCUUCGAAAAAAAAGCGCGCCGCGCCCCUGCACCGUAAGAUCAUGGACUCCAAGCUUGCGCGACAUUCUGGGGCCGAGCACGACCUCACCUUGGGGCGGCGCAUGCUUCGUUCGAGAUCCCGCCGUGAAGCUGGUGGAGGACUCGAAAGUGCACCUGCGCCAUCUCAAAACAUGCAGAAGGCUACUGCAUUUACCCUCAGCGGGGUAGACACUAGCGAGGACGAAUUGAGCCCGUACGAAAGCGAGGAAGAGCCAACUUCGGGUCCCAGCAGCGAGGGGGAAGCUAGCGACAGCGAGGCUGCUUGCAGCAGAGCAGGCAAAAGACGCCAACGGAGAGUUACGACGACCCCCAAAGCGCUUCUGACUGGGCGACGCAGCGGCACGCAGAGCGCUCAGGACCUAUCGCAGUCCAGAGCAAGUGCGCGACGCAAUGUUGCCAAGCCUAGAUUUUCGCCCGUGUACCUGGCCAAGUCGCAGAAUUAGGGGAUUCACUGCGCCGUACGCUGCUUGACGAGCCGCGCAUACCUCGGCUCUUCGACAGUUCCAGAUGGACGUGCUCUCGGCUGCAUUGCACGCCUUCGCUUCUACUUUUACCCAUGAUGUGAUUCCAAUCUUGAAGCCAAAGACACGCAUACUCUCGACACUCUCACACAAUGCAAUGAUGUUAUCAAG